GACCUGCUGCUCAAAUGACAGGAUGAACACGGAGCUUGUGCUCUUCAGAGAUCUUCAGUGUUCCCUUCGCCUGCAGUCCGAUUUCUCACAUAAGCAAUGACCGCGGCCUCUGUGCUCUGCUUUUUUCAAUGGCUCGGCCUCAGAAGUGUUUUGACGUUUCUCGUUGUGUUUUUAACAUUAGGUGCCAUAAUUAAACAGAAAGCCCCUAAAAAUUACCCCCCCGGACCCUGGUCGAUACCUUUUGUCGGCGAUUUAUUUCGCAUCGAUUUAUCAAAAAUCCACCUUCAGUUUGCGGAGUUGGCCAAGAAAUAUGGAAACAUUUUCAGUCUUCGUUUGGGACAAAACAUCGUUGUUGUGAACGGUUUUAAACUUGUGAAAGAAGCCCUAGUUGAACACGGGGAGAACUUUGCAGAUCGUCCAGUGAUGCCACUAUUUGAAGAUGUCGUGCAUAACUGCGGUAAUUUAUUUUUUUAUUUUUUUAUUUUCGGGCAAACGAGAGGUCUGGUGGGAUCCAAUGGCUACCUGUGGAAACAACAAAGGAGGUUUGCUCUCUCAACCCUGAAGAACUUUGGACUGGGCAAAAAGAACCUUGAGCAGUCCAUUCAGGUGGAGAGCACGUUACUGAAUGAGGUCAUAACCAAUACACAAGGCCAACCAUUUGACCCUCAGUUCAUCGUGAACAAUGCCGUCUCCAACAUCAUCUGCUGCCUGGUGUUUGGGGAUCGCUUUGACUACAGUGACAGCAACUUCCAAACUCUGCUGAAGCUGAUCAAUGAAGCUGUCUCUUCAAGUGGAAGCAUUUGGGCUCAGAUAUAUAAUAUGUUCCCCUGGUUGAUGCGGAGAAUCCCUGGUCCCCACAAGAAGAUAGUGUCACGCUUUGAAACUGUGGUCUCGUUUGUCCGGCUGAAAAUUAAGGAGCACCAGGAAGACUGGGACCCCUCAUCUCCUAGAGACUAUAUAGACAGCUUCCUGUCGGAGAUGGAAAAGUGGAAAGAUGAUGUUGAUGCUGGUUUUAAUGAGGAGAGCUUGUGUUACUGCACCUUCGAUCUGUUCCUGGCUGGAACUGAAACUACAUCUACAACUCUGUACUGGAGCUUGUUGUACAUGAUCAAAUAUCCAGACAUACAAGAGAAGGUGCAGGCUGAGAUAGACAGUGUGGUUGGACGGUCACGUCAGCCCAGCAUGGCAGACAGGCCGAACAUGCCGUACACUGACGCUGUCAUCCAUGAGAUACAGAGGAUGGGCAACAUUGUACCACUGAACGUUGUACGUUUUACUACGAAAGACACCGAGCUGGGUGGAUACACAAUUCCAAAGGGGACGACGCUGAUGGGAACAUUAGACUCUGUGCUCUUUGAUGAGACUGAAUGGGAGACUCCCUUCACCUUCAAUCCUGGACAUUUCCUGGAUGCAGAGGGGAAGUUCAGGAGGAGAGAUGCCUUCCUGCCCUUUUCAGCUGGGAAGAGAGUGUGCCUGGGGGAGCAGCUGGCUCGGAUGGAGCUCUUCCUGUUCUUCACCUCCCUUCUCCAGCACUUCACCUUCUCUCCACCACCUGGGAUGGAGCCUAGGAUGGAGUUCAAAUUGGGGGGCACCCGCAGCCCCAAACCGUACAAGCUGUGUGCCACCCCCCGCUGAGUUAUUUGUCGGAAAUAAGUCACUGUCAGUUAAAGUUUAUUCAUUUCAUGUAUUUGUUAAUUCUGAGAACAGCUGAUAGCAUGAUUGGAUGUGUGUGUGCCCUAUAAUGGACUGGCAUCCUAUACAGGGAAUCUCCCGCCUCCUGCCCUGUGUUUACUCGGUUCCAAGCCCCCCCCCCCC